CCUGUAGUGGAGCUAGCGUGGCGCUGGGUGGUGAGGCGAAUGAAAGCCUUUUGCAAGCCCUUCCGAUGCUUGUCCUUCCUCGGAGGGCGCAAGCCACCAGAGCAGUAUUCCGCAGCAGAAGGGCAACAUCUAGCAAAAGCGGAGGAAGAUGAGGAUGAGGAUGAUUUCUUUGGAGACUCAUGGGGUGAGGGUGGUGCAAGUGGCUCCAGCGCGUCUCAGACAAAGGAGGCUGAGGCUCAGCGCGGUGGAGUGGAUCGAAACCCCACUCGUGAAACAACGACGAAGAGGCCUGUGGCUCCAAGCAGCUCAGCCUCGCAAGCUUCUCAAGCUUCACCUGCCCCCAAAGGGUCAAAGAAGCAGGAGGCAGAUUUCUUCAACGAGUUAGGAAUGGAACCAGAAUAUCGAGCACCAAGGAUUUUGGAAAAGGAUGCCAAUAAGGGUGCAUCAGUGAGUUCAUUGCUGGAUGAAGGUGCUGAGGUGUCCACUGCUGGUUGGGGAAAUGAUGACUUGGAUCUUUGAUCUCACAACAACAGCCUGCUGCUGUCCAUGGAACUGCAUGCACCGCUUCAAGAUGCUUCGCAUGUGUAAAUAUAUGC